GCUGGGGGGUGUGGCCAAGCUCUGUCCUGCCAAUCACCUUCACUUUUGACAACCAGACUUCUCCUCCCCCCCAUCACCCCCCCCCACCAGUGAACUCUGCUGCCAAAGUGUUCUUGGGGAGGACCGUCAAAAGCAAUGACAUCAGUAUUUUAAACCAACUUGUUAUUCGGGGAGCAAUCAGUUGCAAUUAGGUAUUAAUUAAGUAUUAUGAAAGUUGAUUAUUUGAGUGAAUUCGGCUUUCGUCUCUCCGACUAUGCUGAAAGAAGUAUAUGCACUGACGCAACCUCAGGAAAAUCCAAGAUGGCUGCCAAGCGCAAAGGCGGCCUGAAGCUAAAUGCGAUCUGUGCCAAGCUCAGCCGCCAGGUGGUCUUUGAUCAUGGGGGAUCGGAACAGGUGCGGUUGGACAAGGGUCCCCAGAGGGAAAGCGGCAAUAAGGAACCGCCCCAGCCUGAGACCAAGGAGCUGGGGGCCAAAUUUUCUGAUGGACUUAACCGUGUUCAGAAGAUAGAGGAGGACAAGCGGAGGGAGGUGAUUGAGAAGUGGGUGAACGGGGAGUACAAUGACGAGACCCUGCUGGGCCGAGCAGAGGGCAAGGAAUGUAAGGCCACCGAGAGCGUGGAGGUGCCCCCCGAAGGGGUUUACAUGAUACAGCCCAAGGGCUGCAGCGAUGAAGAAGAUAAUGGGGAUGAGGCAGACGGCAGCUUCCCGGACGACAGGGAUUCGGAUGGGCCUGCCUCCAAGGAUGAAAGUUACCGACCCUCCAGCGGCCAGACGGGCUCCAAGCUGGCUGGAGGAGCUGCCUCAGGGGAAGCUUCGUCCCUGCGCGAUUACGCUGCCACCACCAUGAAUGAAUUCCUGGGCAUGUUUGGCUACAACGACCAGAACAUGCGGGAUGAGCUGACCCGCAAGAUCAGCUUCGACAAGCUGAACGCUGCUACCUCAGAGGCCUCCUCUGCCACUGCCUCCCUCCCUGGCGAGGACGCCAUGAGCAAGCGAGCCCGCUUCUCCAAGUACGAGGAGUAUAUCCGCAAGCUCAAGGCCGGCGAGCAGCUCUCUUGGCCCAUCCACCCAGCCAAGUCGGAGGAGCUGAGCUCCAAGCUGGGCAAGGAGCCUUCAUCAGUGCUGACACAACCCAUCCGAGCACUGCCGGGGCCAGAUGCCACCCUGCUAACAGAGACCAAAGCGACCAUACUGCCCUUGCCCUCUCCGAGCAGCUCCCAGAUGCAGGGCCUGAUGUCACGGGCCUCCAAGUACGACUUCUUCAUCCAGAAGCUGAAGACGGGUGAGAGCAUCAGGCCCCAGAAUGGCAACACCUACAAGAAGGCCUCCAAGUAUGACCUGGAGAACGUCAAGUACUUGCAUCUCUUUAAGCCCGGCGAGGGCAGCCCAGACAUGGGUGGGGCCAUUGCCUUCAAGACAGGCAAGGUGGGCCGGCCUUCCAAGUACGAUGUGAGGAACAUCCAGAAGCUCACUCCAGUCAAGGCUCCAACACCUAGCCUGGCACCCAACCCUCUCGCCAGUACCCCCAGCAGCGCUCCAGUGGCUGGGCCUGAGCAGCCUGUCUCCUUGCCGUUCAAUACCCCUGAGUACCUGAAGUCGACCUUCUCCAAGACGGACUCCAUCACGACUGGGACGGUCUCUACAGUCAAGAACGGAUUACCCACUGACAAACCAGCUGUCACCGAAGAUGUAAAUAUUUACCAGAAAUAUAUUGCCAGGUUCUCUGGGAGUCAGCACUGCGGACACAUACACUGUGCAUACCAGUACCGGGAACAUUACCACUGCCUCGAUCCGGAGUGCAACUAUCAGAGAUUCACUAGUAAACAGGAUGUGAUUCGGCAUUACAACAUGCACAAGAAACGUGAUAACUCCCUCCAGCACGGCUUCAUGCGCUUCAGCCCCUUGGAUGACUGCAGUGUGUACUACCAUGGCUGUCACCUGAAUGGGAAAAGCACACACUACCAUUGCAUGCAGGUGGGCUGUAACAAGGUCUAUACCAGCACCUCUGAUGUGAUGACCCACGAAAACUUCCACAAGAAGAACACACAGCUGAUCAACGAUGGGUUCCAGCGGUUCCGAGCCACAGAAGACUGUGGCACCGUGGACUGCCAGUUCUAUGGGCAGAAAACCACUCACUUCCACUGCAGGCGACCCGGGUGUACGUUCACUUUCAAGAACAAGUGCGACAUCGAGAAGCACAAGAGCUACCACAUCAAGGACGACGCCUAUGCCAAGGAUGGCUUCAAGAAGUUCUACAAGUAUGAGGAGUGCAAGUACGAGGGCUGCGUCUACAGCAAGGCCACUAACCACUUCCACUGUAUUCGGGCGGGCUGUGGCUUCACCUUUACCUCUACCAGCCAGAUGACCUCCCACAAGCGCAAGCAUGAGCGCCGGCACAUCCGCAGCUCGGGGGUGUUGGGCCUCCCCACCUCUCUCCUGGGAGCCAAGGAUAAUGAGCAGGAGGAGUCCAGCAACGAUGACCUCAUUGACUUCUCCGCCAUGAGCUCUAAGAACUCCAGCCUGAGUGCCUCCCCUACCAGUCAGCAGUCUUCCGUCUCCCUGAUCAUCCCGGCUGCGCCUUCUUCCGCUGCUGAGCUCGCCUCCUCUCAGGCCUGUAAGCCCACCAACAACAUGCCACCGGCCACCAAGAUCUCCGGCCUGCUCUCCCAGGCCCUCCCCAGCAAUAUACCUUUGGCCCUGGCGCUCGCCAACUCAGCACUUCCUGGAACGGCCAGCUCCUACUUCCCCAUCAUCCCCAGCCGGGUCUCCACACCACAUCCCGCCAGCUCAGCCAAUCUAAUGACUGCUGGUUCCUCCAGCACAAAUCCAGCAUCCUCUACUGCUGCCAAUUCCCCCUUGCAAGCUGUCUCAGGGUCCAGUGAGCGAACAGCCACCUCUUCUCCAGGUCCAGCAGCAUCCAUUAUGGAGAGGAUCUCUGCCAGCAAAGGAUUGAUCUCACCUAUGAUGGCCAGGCUGGCAGCGGCAGCCCUCAAGCCAUCCAUGGCACUCGAAGCAGGGAAUGGGCAACUAAUGACUCCCGGACGGUUCAAUCCAGUUCCAGUGAAGCAGGAGCCCGUGGAGAGUGUGGUGUCCUCAUCCCCGGCGACCCAGGAUUCCUUGCAGGAGCACAGCCUGGACCUGAGCGUGAAAGAUCAUGGUAAUGAAUCAAAUGGCCACACAGUCUCAGCAAAUUCAUCUCUUUUAUCCUCGCUUAUGAAUAAGAUGAACCAGUCCAAUGCCAGCCUUGGCAGCCUGCCAAGCUUGAAGACAGAAGGAGAUGGCAACCAGGCAGGGGCUGGUGAGCCAAUGAAAUACCUGGGCAAAGCAGUGAAGGCGCUUGUUCAGGAGAAAAUCUCUGAGCCCUGGAAGAUGUACUUGCGCAGGUUUGGUACGAAGGAUUUCUGUGAUGCCCACUGCGACUUCCUCCAUAAAGUGCAUUUCCACUGCGUGGUGGAGGAAUGUGGUGCCCUCUUCAGCACCUUGGAUGGGGCCAUCAAACAUGCCAAUUUCCACUUCCGAACAGAGGGUGGAGCUGUGAAGGGAAACUCUGAGUCUCCUUUCCCAAGUGCUGCAGAGACCAAGACUUCCUUGGCCCCCUCGUCGCCAUCCACUACUUCCGUCACUAUGGCAAGCGCUCCCACCCUGGAUGUGCCCACUCCGAGCCCAGCGACUGUGCCCUCUGCCCCCACAUUGCUAGCUUGGAAGCAGCUGGCUUCCACCAUACCCCAGAUGCCUCAGAUCCCAGCAUUGGUGCCUAACCUGGCAACUUCACCCUUGGCAACGACUUCCCUAGAGAACGCCAAGCCUCAGGUCAAACCUGGAUUCCUCCAGUUCCAGGAGAAUGACCCCUGUCUGGCGACAGACUGCAAGUAUGCCAACAAGUUCCACUUCCAUUGUCUCUUCGGGAACUGCAAGUACGUGUGCAAAACCUCUGGCAAAGCAGAGUCCCACUGCCUGGACCACAUCAACCCCAACAACAACCUGGUGAAUGUGCGAGACCAGUUUGCUUACUACUCCCUCCAGUGUCUCUGUCCAAACCAGCACUGUGAGUUCAGGAUGCGAGGACAUUACCACUGUCUUCGGCCUGGCUGCUACUUUGUGACCAACAUCACCACCAAACUUCCCUGGCAUGUGAAGAAACAUGAGAAGGCAGAGCGAAGAGCAGCCAAUGGUUUCAAGUACUUCACCAAACGGGAAGAGUGUGGCAGGCUAGGUUGCAAGUAUAACCAGGUGAACAGCCAUUUCCACUGCAUUCGAGAGGGCUGCCAGUUUUCCUUCCUACUCAAGCACCAAAUGACGUCCCACGCCAGGAAGCACAUGAGGAGGAUGCUGGGGAAAAACUUUGACCGAGUUCCCACACAGGUUAUUGGCCACACUUCAAGAAAUGAAAAUCUCCCCCAUGUUGGCAGCAUGGCACCCAGCCCAGCUUCAUCAGGAACCCCAGCUUCCUUUCAGGGACCCCAAAGCAUGAUGGACAUUGAAACAGAUGAGUACAUGGAUUACACUGGCUGUAGCCCCGGGGGCAUCUCCUCUGAAUCCUCCAAUAUGGACCGCAGCUGCUCCAGCACUCCAGUGGGCAACGAAAGCACAUCAGCAGGCUGCCUGGUUCCUCCUCCUCCUCCUACUGCUGCCGCUGCCGAUGAUGCUAUCCACAGUGCACCACAACCUCCACCGCCACCUCUGCCUCCAUCUUUCUCACAAGCCUUGCUCAGGUCUCCCCUUCCUUCCCUCCCCUACCUCUUCUCUCCAUCUUGUCUCUCAUACUCUCUGCUCAGUGCCACUCUUGGAUCCAGCAGGGGCAUUGUCAUGCCUGCCACCAGCACACCUGGUUUCUCGCCCAUCAUUGCCACUCCAACUCCAGUAAAAAGUGACGUUCCCCUAGUUCAGGAUGCAGCAGGGAACACCAUCACCAUGCCAACUGCCUCGGGGGCCAAAAAGCGCUUCUGGAUCAUUGAGGAUAUGUCUCCAUUUGGCAAGCGCCGCAAGACAGCCUCCUCGCGCAAGAUGCUGGAUGAGGGGAUGAUGCUGGAGGGUUUCCGGCGCUACGAUCUCUACGAGGACUGCAAGGACACCAACUGCCAGUUCUCUCUCAAGGUCACCCACUACCACUGCACCCGGGAGAACUGCGGCUACAAGUUCUGCGGCCGAACCCACAUGUACAAGCAUGCCCAGCAUCACGACCGCGUCGACAACCUGGUGCUGGACGACUUCAAGCGCUUCAAGUCCUCGCUGAGCUGCAACUUCCCCGACUGCCAGUUCUCCGGCAACAGCACGCACUUCCACUGCCUGCGCUGUGGCUUUCGCUGCACCGACAGCACCAAGGUGACCGCCCACCGCAAGCACCACGGCAAGCAGGACGUCAUCAGUGCUGCUGGCUUCUGCCAGUUCAGCUCCAGUGUGGACUGCGAGGUGCCGGACUGCAAGUACAAGCUCAAGUGCUCCCACUUCCACUGCACCUACCCCGGCUGCAAACAUACUGUGGUGGGCAUGUCACAGAUGGACUCACACAAGCGCAAGCAUGAGAAACAGGAGCGGGGGGAGCUGCCAGCCAUCUCUCCCGGCCCUGAGGGCCUCCAUCACUCCACCCUGGAGUAUGACAUCCAGAACUCUUCCGUAAACCUGGACAGCUCCCUCAACCUCAGCACUGAUGCCAACAGCUCCCUCUUCUUCCUGCAGAAUGCAGCUGGCGUGGGCCUCAGUGACUCCUUGGACCUCAGCAAGAAGCUACCGGAGGCUGCUGCUGGCCCAUCACCCAGCAGAGCAGGGACAAGCCCUCACGAGAGCAGGGUGAUGGUAUCCAACUCCGGCGAUGUGGAGGAUGAAGACGAGUCAUCCCAAGAUGAGGAUGAGGAUGAGGAGGAGGAGAUAAAUGAGGAAGAGGAUGAUGAUGAAGAGGAUGACGAUGAUGAUGACGACGACGAGGAGGAGGAGGAGGAGGAGGAAGACCUGAACACAGACUCUGAAGAGUCACUCCCCGACCCUGAGGGCCUGGCCACUAAAGAGGAUGGGGAAACAGGGGAGGCCUCUACUUCCAUAGACCAUGGCGAUGCUUCCAGGCCUCUGGGUGAGCCAAACCCAGACUUCACAUCAGCCCCCACCCCUGCCCUGACCCCAGCCCACACCCUUGCACCGGCAGCUUCUCCUUAACCUUAGAGACAGCAGCAGGUUUGGUUUUGCUCUUAAAUGAAAUUAUUAAGAGGACCCCUUAUGAGGCGAGAACAAAGCACCGGGACGGAAAGUGACAAAACGAACUCCAUACCGCACGCAUGAGGCCCCACGGGACCGACAGGACAGACAUGGUCGCAUGGGGCCAGCGCACCAUCACUUCAUUCUGCGGAUGACAGAAGACAGGGCAGGACGCAGAGACACGAAACCCUUCUAGAUGGACACUAGCUCUGAGGGUGACAUCUGCUCUCCUUUCCUCCCCCCAUUGUGGGGCGUGUGCCCAGUCUCGGGACCCCUUCUUUUGGGGUGGGCUUUUCCCCCCUCUUUUAUUUCUGGAUUUUAUUUUUCCAUGGUUUUAGUUGUAUGAUACUAAUAAUAAUCUCCACUCCUCGGAAGGGGGUGUGGGGAUGGCAGGUGAUGAAUUUUAGAAUUAUAUGGGUUUUUUUAAGUGCGUGUAAGGAACUGGUGGCACAAAGGCAACUAGCUAAGCCUUUACCAGUGGGGGCGGGGAGGUCUUUUUCUUUUUUCCAGCAUUAAAUAAAUGGGAGAGACUGAUGCACCAGACAGCAAGGGUGGGAGGGGGUAUUUAUUGUCUUACAAA